AUGCAGGUGCAACAUCAGAAAUUUCACAUUGGAGAGAGACCCUAUGAAGGCCCAGAAUGUAGUCAUGAGAAUAUCCACGUACGGGAGGAGCCGUACAAAUGUGUGGAGUAUGGGAUGUGCUUUUCUGAAAAACACAACCUUAGGAAACAUCAGAGGCUCCACACAGGAGAGAAACUAAAACCCUAUAGAUGUAUAAAAUGUGACUUAUGCUUUCGUCGAAAGUCAGACCUUCUUACACAUCAGAAAAUCCACACGGGAGAGAAACCCUAUCAGUGUCUGGAAUGUGGGAAUUUUUUUUGUCAGAAAUCCACCCUCAGAAACCACGAGAGAAUUCACACAGGGGAGAAGCCUUACAAAUGUUGGGAAUGUGGAAAGAGCUUUUCUCAGAACGCAAGUCUUUGGAUCCAUGAGAAGGUUCAUGCAGGAAUAAAAUCGUACAAAUGCUUUGAGUGUGGGAAAUGUUUCACCCAGAGUUCAGGUCUUCGGACUCAUGAGAAAAUGCACAGAGGGGAGAAAAAGGAAAAGUGCCUGGAAUGUGGGAAAUGUUUUUCCCGGAAAUCAAACCUGAUGCGACAUCAGAGACUUCACACCGGAGACAGACCUUAUGAAUGCCCAGAAUGUGACAAACGAUUUACGUUUUCUUAUGAACUUCGGAGACAUCAGAAGAGGCACAAAGGAGAGUUACGCUAUAAAUGUGUGGAGUGUGGGAAAAGUUUUAGUUUCGUAGGAGAGCUUCAGAUUCAUCAGAGAAUCCACACAGGGGAAAAACCAUACAAAUGUGGGGAGUGUGGGAAAUGUUUUUCACAAAAACAACACUUUAUAAGGCAUCAGAGGCUCCACACAGGAGAGAAGCCAUACAGAUGCAUAGAAUGUGGAAAAUGUUUUACUCAAAAGGGAGACCUUUGGAAACAUCAUAAAACCCACACAGGGGAGAAGCCAUAUCAAUGCAACGAAUGUGGACGCUUCUAUCGUACCUCAUCCGACUUUAAAAGUCAUGUGAAAAUUCACACAGGGGAAAAAAAUUACAAAUGUUUAGACUGUGGGAGAACAUUUGCUCAUGCGUCUUCCCUCAGAGACCACAGCCGAAUCCAUACAGGAGAAAAGCCCUAUAAAUGCUCGGAGUGCGAUAAAUGUUUUUCUCGGAAAGAUACUCUUGUGAAACAUCAGCGAACCCACACUGGAGAGAAACCAUACAAAUGUCUGCAGUGUGGGAAAUGUUUUAUAAAAAUUUCACACCUUCUUACCCAUCAGAAAAUCCACACAGGAGAGAAACCCUAUCAGUGUCUUGAAUGUGGGAAAUUUUUUUGUCAGAAAGUCACCCUCAGAAACCAUGAGAGGCUUCACACAGGGGAGAAGCCUUACAAAUGUUGGGAAUGUGGAAAGAGCUUUUCUCAGAACGCAAGUCUUUGGGCCCAUGAGAAGGUUCAUGCAGGAAUAAAAUCGUACAAAUGCUUUGAGUGUGGGAAAUGUUUCACCCGGAGUUCAACUCUUCAGAGUCAUGCGAAAACGCACAGAGGGGAGAAAAACGAAAAGUGCUUCGAAUGUGGGAAAUGUUUUUACCAGAAAUCACACCUGAUGCGACAUCAGAGACUUCACACCGGAGACAGACCUUAUGAAUGCCCAGACUGUGGGAAACGAUUUAUGUAUUCUUCUGAACUUCGGAGGCACCAGAAGAGGCACAAAGGGGAGAAACCCUAUCAAUGUGGGGAAUGUGGGAAAGGUUUUGUUACACAAAGAGAGCUUCAGCUUCACGAGAGAAUCCACACAGGGGAAAAACCAUACAAAUGUGGGGAGUGUGGGAAAUGCUUUUCCCUAAAACAACACCUUGGAAGCCAUCAGAGGCUCCACACAGGAGAGAAACCAUACAGAUGCCUAGAAUGUGGAAAGUGUUUUACUCAAAAGUCACACCUUCUUACCCAUCAGAAAACCCACACUGGAGAGAAACCUUAUCAGUGUCUUGAAUGUGGGAAAUUUUUUUGUCAGAAAGUCACCCUCAGAAACCAUGAGAGGCUUCACACAGGGAAGAAGCCUUACAAAUGUUGGGAAUGUGGAAAGAGCUUUUCUCAGAACGCAAGUCUUUGGGCCCAUGAGAAGGUUCAUGCAGGAAUAAAAUCGUACAAAUGCUUUGAGUGUGGGAAAUGUUUCACCCGGAGUUCAACUCUUCGGAGUCAUGCGAAAACGCACAGAGGGGAGAAAAACGAAAAGUGCCUCGAAUGUGGGAAAUGUUUUUACCAGAAAUCACACCUGAUGCGACAUCAGAGACUUCACACCGGAGACAGACCUUAUGAAUGCCCAGACUGUGGGAAACGAUUUAUGUAUUCUUCUGAACUUCGGAGGCACCAGAAGAGGCACAAAGGGGAGAAACCCUAUCAAUGUGGGGAAUGUGGGAAAGGUUUUGUUACACAAAGAGAGCUUCAGCUUCACGAGAGAAUCCACACAGGGGAAAAACCAUACAAAUGUGGGGAGUGUGGGAAAUGCUUUUCCCUAAAACAACACCUUGGAAGCCAUCAGAGGCUCCACACAGGAGAGAAACCAUACAGAUGCCUAGAAUGUGGAAAAUGUUUUACUCAACAGGGACACCUUUUGACACAUCAUAAAACCCACACAGGGGAGAAGCCACAUCAAUGCAUCCAAUGUGGACAAUGUUAUUCUACCACAUCAAACCUUAGACGUCAUGUGAAAAUUCACACAGGGGAAAAAAACUACAAAUGUUUAGACUGUGGGAGAACAUUUGCUCAUUCACAUUCCCUUAGAAACCACAGCCGAAUCCAUACAGGAGAGAAGCCCCAUAAAUGCUUGGAGUGCGAUAAAUGUUUUUCUCAGAAAGGUAAUCUUGUGAUACAUCAGAGAAUCCACACUGGAGAAAAACCAUAUAAAUGUCUGGAGUGUGAGAAAUGUUUUGCCCAUCCUUCGUCACUUCGCAUACACACCAGAAAUCACACAGGAUAGUGGCCUUAUAAGUGAGAAAGCUUUUCAUUGUAAAUCAGAGUUAAAAAUGCAUCCGGAUGUCCAUAGCAGAGA